GCGGUGGCGUUUCCUGGUGACCGAGACCCGGUGCCGUGACUAUGGGCAGCCGAGAGGUUCUGGGCCAGGCGGCCCGGCUGGCCUCCUCUGGUCUGCUCUUGCAGGUGUUAUUUCGAUUGAUCACCUUUGUGUUGAAUGCAUUUAUUCUUCGCUUCCUGUCAAAGGAAAUCGUUGGCAUAGUAAAUGUAAGGCUGACACUACUUUACUCCACCACCAUCUUCCUGGCCAGAGAGGCCUUCCGUAGAGCAUGUCUGAGUGGAAGUGUCCAGCGAGACUGGAGUCAAACCCUCAAUCUCCUUUGGCUCAGUGUCCCCCUGGGUGUGUUUUGGUCCUUUUUCCUGGGCUGGGUCUGGUUACAGUUUCUCGAGGUGCCGAAUCCUGAUGUCAUCCCCCACUAUGGAACUGGAGUGGUGCUGUUUGGUCUCUCGGCAGUGGUGGAACUUCUGGGAGAGCCUUUCUGGGUUUUGGCACAAGCACACAUGUUUGUCAAACUGAAGGUGGUUGCUGAGAGCUUGUCAGUGAUCCUCAAGAGUUUGCUGACAGCUCUUCUUGUGCUGUGGUUGCCUCACUGGGGACUAUACAUUUUCUCUUUGGCCCAGCUUUUCUAUACUGCAGUUCUUGUGCUUUGCUAUGUUAUUUAUUUCACAAAGUUACUGGGCUCUUCACAGUCAACCAAGCAAAAAACUCUUCUUGUCUCCAGAAUGACAGAUCUGUUACCCAGUGUUACAAGAGGUAGAGCUUUUGUAAAUUGGAAAGAAGCUAAAUUAACUUGGAGUUUUUUCAAACAAUCUUUCUUGAAACAGAUUCUGACAGAAGGUGAGAGAUAUGUGAUGACAUUUUUGAAUGUGUUAAAUUUUGGCGAUCAAGGUAUAUAUGAUAUAGUGAAUAAUCUUGGCUCCCUUGUGGCCAGAUUAAUUUUCCAGCCAAUAGAGGAGAGUUUUUAUAUAUUCUUUGCUAAGGUGCUGGAGAGAGGAAAGGAGGCUACACUUCAGAAGCAGGAGGACGUUGCUGUGGCCGCAGCGGUUUUGGAAUCUCUGCUUAAGCUGGCCCUACUGGCCGGCCUGACCAUCACCGUUUUUGGCUUUGCCUAUUCUCAACUGGCUUUGGAUAUCUAUGGAGGAGCCAUGCUUAGCUCAGGAUCAGGUCCUGUUCUGCUACGUUCCUAUUGUCUCUACGUCCUCCUGCUUGCCAUCAAUGGAGUGACUGAGUGUUUCACGUUUGCUGCCAUGAGCAAAGAGGAGGUUGACAGGUACAAUUUCACGAUGCUGGCCCUGUCAUCUUCAUUCCUGGUGUUAUCCUAUCUCCUGACCCAGUGGUGUGGCAGCGUGGGCUUUAUCUUGGCCAACUGCUUUAACAUGGGCAUUCGGAUCACUCAGAGCCUUUUCUUCAUCCACGGCUACUACCAAAAGACCCCCCAUAGGCCACUGGCCGGCCUGUACCUGUCUCCGGCCCUCCUGGGAACAUUUGCUCUCAGUGGUGGAAUAACUAGUAUUUCAGAGGUGUUCCUCUGUUGUGAGCGGGGCUGGCUGGCCAGGCUGGCGCACAUUGCUGUGGGGACCCUCUGCUUGGGCGUGACUCUCGGGACAGCAUUCCUUACAGAGACCAAACUGAUCCACUUUCUCAGAACUCAGUUAGUUGGGUCCAGACUCCCUGACAAAAUGACGUGACCUCAGGGAUGCAUUGAAGCCUGUGGCAGCUGGACUAGCCUUGGGCAGUUUUGUGAUGGAAGAUAUGUUCUGUGCCAAAGAGCCCUACUGACGAACCUACAGUGGAGUGAGACCAACCCAGACAGUUGCAUCUUGGAGAGGACUACAGACCAACACUUACCAUCCAUUUGCAAUCAGGCGGAAACAUGAAGGAGGAGUUCCAUUUUUUAAUGGAAGACCAAAAAACUUUCUUUAA